CUCAGAAACCUAUGAAACUAAUGCAAUGGUUAUCUUAAGGGAGCCAAAAGGAUACUUGAGGGGAGGAAUUAUAGUAAACCGCUCCAAUGGUUUGCAGCCAUAUCCCCCAAACCAAAAAUGUCGUUGGGCAAUCCACUACCCAACAGCAAAGUUUAUCCGAUUCACCAUCAACUACCUUUCAGUUGCAGCAGAUAGUGAUGAUCACCUGCUAAUUUGCAGGUCAAAAUCAAAAUCUGCAGAGUGUUCUACGUUGAAAUCAAACAAUGGAAGAUAUGAGAAGAAUUUCAAGUUGAUGAGCUCAAAAGUUUACAUUGAGUUCAGAACUGGUGACCAAGUUUCUUUUGAGUCAAGAGGAUGGGAGCUCAGUUAUUCUGCAGGACUUUGCUAUGGAAAGGAAAAUUUAUACAAACAUGAUGGAAAUAUCGGCUACGUGGCAUCUACUAGCUUUCCCUAUGUAGAGGGACUGAAAUGCCAAUGGGUUCUCCAUGGAAAACCUGGAACUCCUGUCUUUAUAACCUUCACUCAUAUAAACAUCUCUAAAGGUUUGGAUUUUCUUGCGAUUUAUAAUGGCACAAUGCAGCAGAUAGCAAACUUUUCCGGGUUGUUUACAGGCUCUGAUCUCCCACAAUUGAACUUGAGUGGUGAGGUUAUUAUUGCAUUCACCACUCAGACUGAUCAAGGAGAAGGCUGGUCAGCUAACUCUUACAUCGCUCAUCCUGUGAAUCAUGACAAGGUCUUCGUUGUCAUCCUUAUUGUUGUCUUAGCACUUAUAGCAGCUAGUGUUUCUCUUCUUGCUGUGGCAUUAGCUGUAGUUAGAAAGAAACUAGAGCUCAAAAACGCAAUGGAUUCAGACGAGAGACUUACACUAAUGAGCACAGACGCUAUUAGGGUGGAAAACCGAAUUGGAGAGGGGCCUUCUGCUGUGGUUUAUAGAGCAGUUUCGACUGAUGGAGGUCUGGUAGCAAUUAAAUCUCUAAGAGUUAUAGCUGCUGAAACAGAACUUCAACAAGAGAUUAUGGCCAAAUCCUCUUCUCAUCCAAACAUUAUUUCAUUUCUGGGGCAUUCUCAAGACGGACUUGGAAGACACUAUUUUGUGUUUGAGUACAUGGGUAGGGGAGACUUGAGCUUGAACUUGAGGGAAAGAGGAGAAACACUGGACUUGGAUAAGUGA